GUUUUUAUUUUUUCAUAUUUUUUAAUUAUAUAAUAUUAGCCUUGUGCUCUCUUUAUAUAAAGCACAUGCUUCUCAACAUUAUAUCUCACACACAUAACAUCCAAAAACUUAAGAUUUUCAAAGAUGGGAAAAUUUACAAACACAAAACCACAUGCUGUAUUGAUUGCAUAUCCAGCACAAGGCCAUAUCAAUCCAGUUUUCAAACUAGCAAAACUUCUUCACCUUAAAGGCUUUUACAUAACCUUUGUUAACACUGAAUACAAUCACAAACGCUUACUCAAAUCAAUAGGUCCCAAUGCUCUUGAUGGUUUAUCUGAUUUUAAAUUUGAGACUAUUCCAGAUGGUUUAACUCCGGUCGAAGGCGACACCGGUGAUGUUAUGCAAGAUAUACCUUCUCUUAGUAAAUCUGUAAGAGAGAAUUGUCUUCAACCUUAUUGUGAACUUCUUCAUAGACUUAAUCACUCUGAUAAUGUUCCACCAAUUACUUGCUUAGUUUCUGAUUGUUGUAUGAGUUUUACUAUUCAAGCUGCUGAAAAAUUUGCACUGCCAAAUCUUUUGCUUUUUCCAGCAAGUGCAUGUUCUUUAUUGAAUAUUCUUCACUUUCGUUCCUUUCUUGAAAAAGGAAUCAUACCACUCAAAGAUGAGAGUUAUCUAUCAAAUGGAUAUUUGGAAACUAAAGUAGACUGGAUUCCAGGUUUGAAAAACUUUCGUUUGAAGGACAUUGUUGACUUUAUCAGAACAACAGAUCCAAAUGAUAUUAUGCUUCAAUUCUUCAUUGAUGUAGCAGAUAGUCUUCAUAGAGAUUUUACUGUUAUUGUUUUGAAUACUUUCAAUGAACUUGAGAGUGAUGUAAUAAAUGUUCUCUCCUCUAUGUUUCCUUCUGUUUACCCCAUUGGCCCUUUACCUUUAUUAUUAAACCAAACUGCAAAUAAUCAUCAAUUGGAAUCUUUAGGUUCCAACCUUUGGAUCGAAGAUACCAAGUGUCUUAAAUGGCUCGAUUCCAAGGAACUCGAGUCUGUUAUUUACGUGAAUUUUGGAAGCAUUACAGUUAUGACACCAGAGCAACUAUAUGAGUUCGCUUGGGGUCUAGCCAAUAGCAAAAAAUCCUUUAUGUGGAUUAUUAGGCCUGAUCUUGUCAUAGGUGGCUCGGUGGUUUUGUCGUCUGAGUUUGUGAAUGAAAUUUCCGAUAGAGGCCUAAUAGCCAGUUGGUGUCCACAAGAGAAAGUGUUGAACCACCCUUCAGUUGGUGGAUUCUUGACUCAUUGUGGAUGGAACUCAACAAUCGAAAGCAUAUGCGCUGGAGUGCCAAUGUUGUGUUGGCCAUUUUUCGCUGAUCAGCCAACAAACUGUAGAGUUAUUUGUAAUGAAUGGGAGAUUGGAAUUGAAAUCGAUACGAAUGCCAAGAGAGAAGAGGUUAAGAAAGUGAUCAAUGAAUUAAUCGUCGGAGAGAAAGGAAAGAAGAUGAGGCGAAAAGUCAGGGAGUUGAAGAAGAAGGCAGAGGAGAACACUAGUCAUGGAGGUUAUUCAAAUAUGAACUUGGACAAAGUGAUUAAUGAAGUGUUGCUUAAACAAAAUUAGAUAGAAUAAUAUUUUUUUUUUGCAAUGCAACAUGUUACUACUUCAAUUCUA